ACGGUUCAAAACUCAUGACAUAUUCCGCGACUUUUUAUCAUCAGCAUUCAUCAUGAAAGAUAUAACUUCACAAAUGGAAAAUUGUGAUGACAUCAUCCUCAAAGAUGCCGAGACAAGUCCCUCAUUGGACAGUCCCGUGGACUGGUGCGGAGCACACGGUGUCCGUUACACUGAAGAUUUCCGGAAAGUUGUGUACAAAAUCAACCCCAAUGAUCUCUCUUGUGGUUACAAGAAACUGUUUGAGGCCAGUGCUACCAGCACUCUACGUGGCAUGGAACCAGAUAUGGAGAACGAAAAGGUCGUUACCAAGAAAAUGAAGGAUGAAACAAACACGUGGGCAACUCCAGUGCGACCGAACGUGCAAAACUCGUGCGCUUCUCUUCACAAAUACAAGUUUGAUAGUCCACCGCCUCACAGAGGACAGUCACAGAUAAUACGGUCCCUCAGCUCAGCGUAUACAUCAGGCCCUGAGAAAAUUGUCACCAAGAAGGAGUUUCGUGGAUGGGAUGUUUGUUCGAGACCUCAUUCUGCCGACAGCUCAUCAUACCUCAAGUUUACCUCCGCUGAAACACGUGACAUGAUGAGAAACAGAAGCCAGUCCGCAUGCGUGAAGUUUGGCGUUAAACGGGAGAAGGUUUUCAUGAGUAAAGUCCAGAUCUCGGGUCCCCCACGUGCUCAAUCGACAGUGGUCAGGGCUUACCACGAAGUGUCAGAAACUCGAGACACUGGGCAUAGCAAGUGGCAUAUUGAUAAUCCAGCGCGUGCCCAGACCUCGAGCGGAAGACAUUAUGGUGACGUCACUGACCGAACUGUGGAGUCGCCAUCCCACACAUCGUCCGUCGGAAGUUCGAACCACAGCAUUCCGGUACCGUGUCCUUACAACAGUACAAACUCUGCUGACGCCAUUUCUUACGAAUUCGAGCACUCUUUACUUCCAAAAGAGCACACCAAGAAAUAUAGAGAGGACUACACAUAUCGUAAACUAGAGAUGAUCAGAAACCUCACUCCUGGUUCCAGCGUGUUAAGAAUGAACGUUACAAGUUCCUGUAUUCCCAUAACCGUCCCAGUGUUCAUGUCUCCAAACACAGAUCACAACAAAAGCAAGACACCUGUUGACACGACUCCGGCCAUAAGUCCCAGCCCAAGUCCCAAAAUUUCGCCGGCCCGAGCAGAAUUCCCAGAAGAUGCUAGAAUUGCCAUCAACUGCAAGAAAGCCAUCAUCAAGAAGCGGUUGUCAAAACCACCGCUUUCGGAAAUGGGAAGAAAAGUUCCGCAAUAUCUUCUGACUCAAAAUGGUUCGCUGAAGAUGGAAUAUUACAACAAUCCCAUGACGUUCGACGAUCAAGAGAAUAACCGGACUGUUCAAAAGCCACCUUCCCCUAUUGUCUGUCGAACGCGCCCAACUAUCCCCAGUAACGCGCAUGGCAACAUCUACCCUAGCUCUACCGAUACUCACUCGUACGUCAUCAAACGUCGUCAAGGCAUCCAAUGAACGUCCCUCCCGGUAGAUUAUCGGAUUAUCUUUCAUAAAAAACAGCAAUCUUAACGUAAAGAAGGAAGCGUCUAUAUCAGUUACUAUAAUAAUUACGACGCCAACAAAAAUAUGUUUAGAGCUUGUCUUUAAAUGUUUUAUAAUUUGGUAAUGAUUCCUACAAUAGACACUAAUAAUCACCUGACUGAUGAUAUAGGUAUAUAGUGGUUUUAUACUGCCAAAUAAAUCAGGAGUGUCUAAUAUAAAGAAAACCGUUGAGGAAAGUAGCAUUUUGUAGUAUCAAUUUUUUUGUUCAUUACAAUGACAUCCUUAUAUGAUAUAAUAGUUUUUAUCUGAUGCUAAUGAUAGCAUCUUUAUACCGAUCACAUCAGUCUGUAAUAUGUCGACAUUGUUUUAUAUGCUAACGUUAAACCUUGGAGCAAAUUUUAUAUACAUAGGUAUUAUUUUCAUUUUUUUCCCAUGGUAACAAUUUUGUAAGUAUUGAUUCGUUACCAUGGUAACAAUUCUGUAAGUGAUGGUUUGUUACCAUGGUAACAGUUUUGUAAGUGAUGGUUUGUUACCAUGGUAACAGUUUUGUAAGUGAUGGUUUGUUACCAUGGUAACAUUUUUGUAAGUGAUGAUUUGUAACUAUGGUAACAAUUUUGUAACUAUGGUAACAAUUUUGUAAGUGAUGAUUUGUUUCUAUGGUAACAAUUUUGUAAGUGUGGUUUUGUUACUAUGGUAACAAUUAAAUUAAUAAUUAUCACUAAGUAGAACAUUAAUUUUCUAAUGUGGUGUUUUUUUUUUUGUAAACAACGAUUUGUUACUAUGGUAACCAUUUCAUAAAUAACGAUUUGUUUCUAUAUUAUCAAUUCUGUAAUUAGCGAUUUGUUAGUAUCGGAACAAUUUUUUAAAGGAUGAUGUGUUCCAAUGGUGACAAUUUUGUAAAUGAUUACGACUUUCCCCUGUGAGAAUUUGUAUAUAUUAUGAUGUAUUAUGCAACUAACGUGACAAAAUAAACACAAUGACCAGUAUUAUUUUCGUUUCUUUGUUUCAGUGGUAAGCAUUUCAUGUUUAGACACUAGCAUGGAA